AUGUGGGGGUUAAAAUUCUUAGCUUUUUCUCUCGCUCUCGGGCUUGUCAGAACAUCUGCCUUGCCAGAAGCCAGAUUGAAGCCAGUUCAAAUCAGACAAUCCUCACAAAGCUGCAAUACGCCUGCAAAUAGGCAGUGUUGGUUGACCAACGGCUUUAGUGUCGACACAGAUUCCGAGGUUUCGUACCCGGAAACAGGUGGUCCGCCUAUAGAAUACUUCCUAGACAUUAAGGAAAAGCAACUAGCACCGGAUGGCCGUACUAAAAACAUGCUGGUCAUCAAUGGCACAUAUCCAGGGCCUACAAUUACCGCCGACUGGGGAGAUAGGCUGAUCAUUCAUGUGACGAACUCCAUGACCGAUAACGGGACCAGUAUCCAUUGGCAUGGAAUUAGCCAAGUCGGCUCAAACACGGAAGAUGGCGCCAAUGGAGUUACUGAAUGUCCUAUCCCUCCAGGACAGACAAGAACUUACUCCUUCAUUGCUACCCAGCACGGGACCGCUUGGUACCAUUCCCAUUACUCCGGGCAAUACGGCGAUGGUGUUCUUGGUAGUAUAGUGAUCAACGGCCCUGCUACGCAAAACUAUGAGGAAGAUCUCGGACCUCUGACAAUAACGGACUACUACACCAAGUCUAUGUGGCAAAUGGGCGAGGACUCUAUGCAUGGAGGGCCCCCUCAAGCUCAUGGAGCUCUUAUCAAUGGCGUGAUGAAGAACUCUGAAAAUGAAGACGGGUCUUACGCUUCAUACACUGUGAAACCGAACACAACCUACCGCCUCCGCAUCAUCAACACCGGAAUCGAUAACGGCUUUAAGGUGUCUCUUGAUGGGCAUCCAUUCACUGUGAUCCAGGCAGACUUUGUACCCUUAAAACCAUACAACACCACCUGGUUGUUCGUUGCCAUUGGGCAGCGGUACGAUGUCGUUUUUACGACGAACCAAGCGCCGGCGAAUUACUGGUUCCGUGCAGAGGUCCCUAGUGGUUGCGGCUCCAAUCUCAUGAACAAAAAGAUUUUCGCUAUCUUUAGCUACAGUACUGUGACCGCCGCCGACCCAACAUCGACAGCAUCGGAUUCCAGCGCUGUGACCUGUGCCGAUCCGACUGGCUUAGAGCCUCGUAUUCCUAAAUCCGUUCCCGAUUUUACUUAUGUAAAUGACAACACGGAUAAGCUAAAUGUGGGAUUCACCGGGUCGCCCGUUAAUACGUGGAAGAUCAACGACAACUCUAUUUCAGUCGAUUGGAAGCAACCGACUCUGCGGUAUCUUGCCGACGGCCAGGCCGCCAGCCUCUCUGAAAUCCCCGGUCUCAACCUGUACGAGCUAUCAGUACCUGACAAGUUCUACUAUUGGGUAAUCCAGAACGGACUGAAUAUUCCCCAUCCAAUCCAUCUCCAUGGCCACGAAUUCUACAUUCUCGGCCAGACGAACGGCACCACUGGUCAAACCUUCUCGGGCGACAAGUCAAAGUUAAAUUUUGAGAAGCCACCUAGACGCGACGUUGCGACCUUACCGGGCAACGGGUGGAUGGUCAUCGCGUUCCAGGCGAACAACCCAGGAGUCUGGCUGAUGCACUGUCAUAUCGCAUGGCACGUAAGCCAAGGUUUCGGCGUGCAGUUUCUAGAACGUGUCUCGGAAAUUCCCGCCGAGUCCCUAGCUAAAGUGAGCGAGAAUUGCAAGGCCUGGGAUGAAUGGUAUGGCACCACCACAUACAAGCAGCCAGAUUCCGGGCUUAGGCGUGCAUAA